AUGUCCUUCCUUUUGGUGAAAGUGUUCUUUGGUGCUGGAACCCUCGGUUUGGAUAACGCUUCGGAAAUCUCCCCGAUCUUCGGCUACGGCUUGAUUUUGAUGAGCAUGAGCAUGGAAGGAGUUAUGCGCCAUGCCCGCGAGGAGUAUCUUUUCCAGCUCUCUAUCUACGUUCUGGAGAGUAGUAAUUCCCGGCGCUUGACCUAUUUCAUGCCACCCCUGAACACGGCGCUGACUGCGAAUCCCAAAAUCCGUACACAGAACCUAAUCCCACUCCUUUGCAUUCGUCCCAUGCGAUUGAUUUUGUCAGCAGGGACUGUUCGCCGCGUGCGCAUUGUCCUGCUGCGAGCAACCCAUCUUCCAUUCGUUAUGAUGAUUUGGGCAUAUGAGUCAGAUAGACCGCAACCACGAAAGUCGCAAACUUGGCCACGUCCCUUGGCCACCGGACGACGUCACGGGACCUCUUUCGGCGAGCCUAGUCGACGUUCCACAUGUCUCGACCUGCAUUCCUCUGAACACGAGCACGCUAAUACGGAUCAGCGCGAUGUGCGUGAACCAGACCUACGUCGAGCGGGAAAAGCUGAGCUCGUAGACGUGAUCGACGCUGUCGAACGGCUACGGGUUGAGGUGGCGCGCGUAACUGCGACGCUCGCAAAGCAAGAACAUAGCGAUUGA